CUGUAUCAUCACGAAAGAGGGCUCUUACCAGUGUUCUCUCAUCUUCUGAGCACCUAAACGUAGUUACUGUUUCAGAAUGUGCAUAGUAAGAUUCCACCAAAUGUCAAAACUCUCUGGAAUAAAGAAAAUAUCGAGAAUUUCGUUUAUAGCCUCUAAAGGAUGUAUUGUUAAACUUUCUUUGAUGUUGAUAUUAUUUGAUUUGACAAUAGGCUAUCAAACAGCAAAUGAAGUCAACAAUGUUUCACCUUACGAACAAGAUAACGCAUACGAACAUCAUACGUCCGCGUAUGAAUUGUUGAGAGGUCCUAAACCAGUCUUGAUUGUUCGGCGUGGUUAUCCUUUCUACAUUGCCGUUCUGUUUAAGCGGGCUUUUAAUCCCCAACAGGACUUUGUAAAGCUGGAAAUGAUGUUUGGAUCUCAACCUAAUCGUAAGGAAGGAUCUCUCAUUGUGUUGCCCGUCACUGUCAAAAACAAGUUUACUAAGGGCAACGAUCACUGGGAUGUUCGACUGCACGAGCAUAAUGGCGCUGUGGUCACUCUUCAAAUUCGGAUUCCUGCCAAUGCGGCAGUUGGAAUUUGGAAGAUGAAAAUUACGUCAACGUUAAUUAUAUCCGGGAAGCCAGUCUCGUUGCCAAACACCUACGAAUGCAAGGAAGAUAUCUAUAUCCUGUUUAAUCCUUGGUCUAUUGAUGAUUCUGUAUAUAUGGCUGACGACCAGUGGAGAAAAGAGUAUGUUUUGAACGAUGUAGGAAAAAUAUUUAUUGGAUCAUAUAAUCAACCAAUGGGCCGGCGCUGGAUUUUGGGUCAGUUUACAGAGGCAGUUCUGCCAGCGGCAAUGUUUAUAUUGGAACGAUCUCGUUUAGAUUUUACUGAUCGAUCUGAUCCAGUAAAAAUAGCGCGAGCUCUUUCAGCCUUGAUAAACGACGUUGACGAUAAAGGUGUGGUAGAAGGUAAAUGGGAAGAGCCUUACGAUGAUGGCACCGCUCCCUGGAUGUGGACUGGGAGUUCCGCCAUAUUGGAACAAUACUUAAAGACCAAAGGUGUUCCUGUGAAAUACGGCCAGUGCUGGGUAUAUGCUGGCGUAUGCAACACUGUGUGUCGUGCCUUGGGUCUCCCGUGUCGUCUCGUGACCAACUAUGUGUCAGCUCACGACACAGAUAACACCUUGAGUGUUGACAAGUGGUUUGACAAAGAUGGAGAUGAAAUUAAAACAAAAACAAAUGAUUCGAUAUGGAAUUUUCAUGUAUGGAAUGAUUGUUGGAUGACGAGACCUGAUCUACCAACAAAUUAUGGAGGAUGGCAGGUUGUUGAUGCCACACCGCAGGAAAUUAGUGACGGUCUCUAUCGGUCAGGUCCCACCUCACUAGUCGCAGUGAAACGUGGAGAGAUAGAUUACUUGUACGAUUCAUCAUUUGUCUUCUCUGAAGUCAACGCACGCAUCAUACAUUGGCAAAAAGAUGAGUUUGCUAAGGGUGGCUGGAGAAAACUUAAAAUAAUAAGAUACCAAAUUGGAAAACUUAUAAUUACCAAGAAAAGGGGAAUUGACGAUGACUUUGGAAAUGCUGAUGUAGAAGACAUCACACACGAGUACAAGAACAGCAAAGAUAGUCACGAGGAAAGACAUGCGUUUUUGAAUGCAAUCAGAAGAGGUGGUUUAGCCCACGUAUACGAUGUUUCACAGCCCUCAAAGGAAGAUGUUUAUUUCAGUUUGCAAAGCAGUAAAAAUGUAUUGAUCGGUCAUCCUUUCGUUGUGACGAUAAUGAUUCGGAAUCAUGGCAUCCAGAGAAGGACAAUAUCACUUUCCUUGUCGGUUUUUAGUGUUUACUAUACAGGAACAACAUCAAAAAAACUGAAACAAGAGAAGAGAUCAAUCUCCAUCUUUCCCUCUCAACGGAAAACAUUGUCUCUAAGAAUAUCACCAGACGAAUAUCUGAAUAAACUAGUGGACUACGCCAUGAUAAAAAUUUACGCUAUAGCAACAGUAAAGGAGACACAACAGACGUGGUCAGAAGAAGAAGACCUCAUGCUCAAAAAACCAAAACUGAAUCUUGAGGUUCAAGGACUUCUAAAAGUGGGAGCUCCAUUUAUGCUGACCAUUAGCUUUACUAAUCCACUCAAUCACGUCCUAGAAAAUUGUGUUUUCACUGUAGAAGCUCCAGGUGUGACUGGUUCUUUUUACUCGAAGUUUAGAAAUAUCUGGCCUAGAGAAAAUAUAGUUCAUGUGGAACGCCUGUUCCCUCAACGAUCGGGUCUCAUAAAGAUCGUCGUCACCUUCAGCUCUCGUCAACUGACCCAGGUAAUAGGGUCCACACAGAUCGCAGUUAAAGGCUAAUACAAAGGUUGCUGGACCUUACGACGCUAUCUGUAUAUUUUUUAUAUAUAUGUAUAUGGCAAAAUAGAAAAACUUCUUUUAAAAAUGGGUUAGCUUAGAAAUCUCGAAGUUCUGAAUGCAUAAAAUGCUAUAUCAUAAGAAAUUAAUAUAUCAGCUCUAAAGAGGAAAAGAAUAGUCCAAAAGUGUGGGUUAAAAUACAUCUUACAGCUUUUUAGAAUAAAUAUAGCAAUACUAUUUAGUUGAGUGCCUACUGUUUGAUUACAUUUCAUAUAAACAUCCAUUUUUUAUAAAUUUAUUAAAAUAAUUUUGAAUAUUUAUAUUUCUUAUACCUAUAUGCAAGAAACUGAUAAAAAAAAGUACACAAGUGUGGAAAAUUUAUUUAACGAAAAACCACAUAACCCAAUACAUAAAACGGAUAUAUAUGUGUGUGUGUGUGUGUAUGUGUAUGUAGCACUUCUACUGCUGUUGUAUGACAGUUAUUACUAGUAGGAGCUUGUUGGCUGGAAUGAUCACGCAUGACGGCAAAGUUAUUCUUUCAAUGAUCUAAUGAAGUGAGUUAUGUAAUAAACAGGAGAGGGUUCUGAGGCUUCAUUUGUUAUUAUUUGCAAUUGGUAUGACUUAACUUUUUUAUUGACCACAACACGAAAUCAUCGUGGAUAUCUGCGUGAAUUAUUAAAUACAGAUACGAUGUGAUGAUACGUGAACACUCCUCUUCUGUUGAAGUGCAAAAACAAAGUUGAUGAUGACAAAACCUUGUCGAAACGUUGU